AUGGCGGACGAUUCUAUGCCGCGAGAGGAGAUACUCGGGGUUGUGAUUGGGGCAGUUGCGCUGUUUUCCCUGAUCAGCAUGAUUCCGGUGAUGAUCAUGAGGCAUCACCGACGACGCGCCGCCAUGCGGGCCAUGGCCGCAUCCCGAGUUCUCCCACCGGUACAGUUGCAGAACGUGUUAGGCCAACCUGUGUCUGUGGACCGAUGGUUGGAAGAACAAAACGUGCCUGCCAAUGCGCAGCAAUACGGCCAAGAUACUUGCCCCAUCUGUCUGUCAGCACUAUCUUCGUCCCCAUACCUCGCCUGUCCCGAUCCAGUCGUGCUGGCUGACGACCAGCAUAAUCCCAACCCGACUACACGGUCAGACCCCCGCUGCAGCUGCGGGGCACAUUCCCCGCCCGAUAGCGAGGUCCUCGUACUCAAUCGCUGCAAGCAUGCCUUCCAUCUGGAUUGUCUAAAGUCGUGGUUUGAAUACCGUCGGUACAAGUGUCCGAUCUGCCAAGCUUCGUAUUCGCCAGAGGAGGAGGCACGAGGAUGA